AAUCUUACAGACACAGAGUGCCGCUUCACAAACCCACAGACUUCGAGAAGAAGAUACUAUUGUGGUCAGGGCGCUUCAAGAAGGAGGAAGAAAUCCCGGAGACGAUCUCGUUUGAGAUGCUUGACGCUGCAAAGAACAAGAUCCGGGUGAAGGUCAGCUAUUUAAUGAUUGCCUUGACAGUGGCAGGAUGCAUCUAUAUGGUUAUUGAGGGCAAGAAGGCAGCAAAAAGACAUGAGUCUUUAACAAGCUUGAACCUGGAAAGGAAAGCCCGUCUGAGAGAGGAGGCAGCUAUGAAGGCCAAAACAGAGUAGAAGUAUUUGUACUGGAUUUGGAAAACCUGGGAGUAAGGUUGCUAUAAGAAGCCUGCAUUGGAAAGAAUGUGAUAUGAGAGCCACUUUGCAGACAUACGCUUUGCACAGAUUUAUUUCACUUCCCUAUUUCUGCUAUAAAGGAACAAAUAAAUUUUCUUAAAGAAUGA